ACUUCAACCUCAACCUCCUCUUCAUCCUCUACCUCCACUUCCACCUCCACCUCCACCUCAUCCUCGUCCACCACCACCACGACACCUGUCACCGUGUACCCGCUCAACAACCCCUCCUUCGAGGUGGACACGGUCGAUGCCGGUGCCUUCACCACGUCGGCCACAGGCUGGUCCAUCAACGGCCGUGCUGGCACCUUCCGCCCAACCCCAUCCAUCUUCCCUCUGCCUCUCGCGUCCCCCGCGGACCAGGAGCAGCUGUUCUGGAUGCGCGGUGGCGCUGCGGCCUGGCAGGUUGUUCCCGACCUCACCAUCUCCUCAGACACGGCCUACUAUGUCACCCUUGCUGUUGGCGCUCGCCUCGACUUCCCCUUCCCCGAGAGCUUUGGCGUUGCCCUGACAAACGGCUUUGGCAACGAAACCAUUGUCUGGAGCCACUACAACGCUUCCAGCCUCGGCCUCACCCCAGGCGGCUUUGUCCCCAUCACACUCUGGUUCACCACCGCCGAGAACGCCUUCAGCGAGUUUUACGGCGAGCAGAUGCAGAUUCGCUUCUGGUCCAACGGUGAAGCCCGCUCCCAGGUCAUCUUCGACAACUUUGCUGCCACCAGCGUGGUGGACAUUGUCACCACCACGACGGAGGCCCCCAUGGACCUUGCUGUCUUCAACCCGAGCUUCGAGCGCGACGACCUCAUGAGCCGUGGCGUGGAGUGGAUCGACUCUGCCCGCGGCUGGGAGGUCACUGGCCCCGCUGGCACCUUCCGCCCCGACGCCACCCACUUCAACCUCAUUGAGAACAACACCGUGCUGCCACCGCCGGCCCGGGGCGCACAGGCCCUCUUUGUCCGCCCCAUCAACGGCCGCGCCAGCCAGAUUCUGCGCAUGGCCCCGCUCGAGCGCGACGGCGUGUACGAGGUCUGCUACUCCGUGGGCAAGCGCCUCGACAAGGCCUUCCCCACCGCUGCUGUCGGCCAGCUGCGCACCUGGCCCAACGGCCAGCUGCUCGCCAGCGCCAUCACCUUCCAGUCUGACGUCACCAGCGGCCAGUUUGUCCGCGAGUGCCUCGUGUACCGCGGCUCGGACGCGAACGCCACCGCGGACGGCCAGCUGCUGCAGCUCGUCUUCUUCGUCCAGGGCACAGACCACCUCGCCCAGGCCGUGUUUGACAACGUCGAGGCCAGCACCCAGUUUGUGGACCAGGUGGACUUCACCACCUUUGAGCCCACGACGGAGGAGGUCACCAUGCCGCCCUUCGUGCCGGACUGCGCCAGGGAGUGCACGCCGCGCAUCGCCACCCCGCUCGAGCAGUACGACCUCGGCUGGGAGGGCCUGACCGACGGCACCACCGCAGACCUGACCGACAACGGCCACCUCGAGGGCAUCGUCGUGGCGCGCACGGCCGGCAUUGUUGGUGUCUUUGGCUUUGACGACAACGGCACCCUGGUGCAGGAGGUGGUGGACGACACGCUCAACGAGCCCCGCCACGUGGAGGCUGCCGACAUCAACCGCGACGGCAGGCCCGACUUUGUGGUCACCUCCAGCAACAGCGACGAGGUCAUCGUGUACGUGAACGAGGGCGCAGCGGUGCCGGGCGCCAUGCCCAACAUCACCAAGCACGUGCUCGGCGUCACCAUCGACGACCCGCGCGGCUUUGCCCUCGCCGACGUCGACAACGACCGCGACCUGGACAUCAUCGUCACCUCGCAGAGCACCGGCACGGUGAACAUCCUGUACAACGACUGCUGCCGCCCCCGCCGCCCCUGUGGCGUGUGCGGCCCCAUCACGUGGUCCCUCGAGGUCAUCACGGGCGUUGCGGGCGCCCGCUCCGUUGUCGCCGCAAACGUCGACGACGACAGCUGGCUCGAGCUCGUUGUCGGCGGCGCCUCCGUCUCCGUUAUCGACCGCGUGGACGACACCUGGAUGGUGCGUGCCGUGAACGAGGGCACCGCCACCAACUUCAUCUCCGUCGCCGCUGCAGACGUCAACCACGACGGCCUCACGGACGUGGUUGCCGUGUCCCUGUCCAACAACGCCGCGUACGCCUGGCUCAACGCCGGCAGCGGCACCUUUGGCGUCGGCCUCAUCCUGUCCAACCAGCUCAUGGGCGCAUACGACGUGAAGCUCUCCGACAUCAACCUCGACGGCUUUGUGGACAUUGUUGUGGCCUCGCGCCAGGACAGCUCCAUCUCCGUGUUCUACACGCGGCCGGGCGUGAUUGAGAACCGCGUCGUGCUCUCCAGCGCCGUGGAUACGGUGCACAGCGUCAUCGUGCGCGACCUCGACUUUGACGGCGACAUUGACGUUGCAGGCAUCUCCUUCACCACCAACAGCGUGUACUACCUGCAGAACCUGUGCUGCAACGACCUGCCCCCGACCACCGCCGAGCCAACCACCCGCCCGCCGCGCUUCGUCGUGGCCAACCCGUCCUUUGAGGCAGACUCGCUGGCCAACUCGGCCACCUCCUUCGUCACCCGCGCCACGGGCUGGAGGGUCACGGGCACCGCGGGAACGUACCGUCCCGAAAUUGCCGCCCUGCCCCGCGAAGGCAGCGCGCUCGCCCCGCCCUUGGACCGGCAGCAGGUCGCCUUCCUUCGCGCGGGCUCCGUCAUCCAGCAGACGCUCGGCAACGCGCGCAUUGUGGCCAACGGCUUUGUGGGCGUGUGGGUGGCCGUGGCCUGGCGCCAGGACCGCUUCUUCGCCUUCCCCAACGUCACCAUCUCCCUCGUGUCCUCGGAGUCCGGGUAUGAGCUUGCCAGCACGCUGGUGACGGCGGACCACCUGGACAACACCCCCGGCACCAUCUACCCGGCGCACGUGUGGUUUAUGACGGGCUUUGGGCACGAGGCCAACGGGGAGUCGCUCACCAUCCGCAUCAGCGCCACGGGCCCCUCCAACUCGCAGGCCGCUGUGGACAACGUCUCCGUUGACUUUGACCGGCCCGAGACAACGCCCAUGGCCACGACCACCGUGGAGACGACGCAGGCCGCAACGACGGUUGAGGCCACAACGGAGGACAUGGCCACCACGGAGGACGUGCUCAUCACCACCACGGAGGAGCCCGAGACCACGACGGCCACCACCACCACCACCACGACGGAGGCCACGACGACAGAGGAGGUGGCGCCGACCACCACGACCGAGGAGCCCACCACCACCACCGAGGAGCCAACGACCACAGAGGAGGUCAUCAUCACCACCAUGGGCGCCCCCGCCACCACUGCCGAGGAGACGUGCAUGCCGCUGUUCAUCGAGAACGGUGGGUUUGAGGCCGACGACGCCUCUUCCGCGCCGAACAACUUCCUCCUCUUCGCCUCUGGCUGGAACGUGACUGGCUCUGCGGGCACGUUCCUUGCGCCGCCCACCGCCUUUGACGACACCAUGCCCGGGGGCUUCCUCGCCCCGCCCGCAGACGGCAAGCAGGUGCUCUUCAUCAAGCCCGGCGCGAGCGUGUGGCAGACGGUGACGUCGUUCACCUUUGUUGGCGGCAACAACUACACGAUGCAGUUUGCUGUGCUGUGGCGCCGCGACCGCCCGCUCGUCUUCCCGGAGAGCAUCACCGUCACCACCACCUCCAGCGUGCUGAACCAGCCCAUCGCCACCGCCGUCAUCACCCGGCAGCAGCUCGGCAUCGUUGCCGGGCAGCAGGUGGAGGUUGUGCUCACCCUGAGCGUGGCCCGCGACGCGCCGUAUAUUGGCGAGGGCGUCACCGUCGAGUUUACCGCCGACGGCGUGUCCAACGCGCAGGCCGCCAUCGACAACGUGCGCAUGUGCGAAACGGAGGCCCCGGCCACCACCAUGCCCAUGCCCACCACCGCCGAGCCCACGACCACGACGACCACGACGACCACGACCACGACGACCACCACGGAGACGGUCCUGCCAACCACGGAGGAGCCGCCCAUGGUGCUGCCCAUGCGCAACCCAAGCUUUGAGGUGGACGACCUGAGCGAGAGCAGCAGCUCGUUUGCCUCGUACGUCGCCACGGGCUGGCAGUUCUCGGGCUCUGGCCUUGCGGGCACCUUCCGCCCACGGGCCGGCGCCUUUGUGACCACCAACCCGCUGCCCUUCCCCGCCGACCGCGACCAGGUGCUCUUCAUCCGCCCGUUUGUUGCCGUGUCCCAGGUCAUCCCGGAGUCGAACAUGAUUGCGGGCGCCAUGUACUCGCUCUCCCUCUCCAUUGGCUGGCGCCAGGACACCGCCACCACCUUCCCCUCGGCCAUCUCCAUCCAGCUGCUGAGUGCCGACCUCGGCGUCGCGCUUGCCGUCGAGCAGUACACGGCGGAGAGCCUCUCCCUCGUCCCGGGCACCUUUGUCAGCACCACGCUCGGCUUUGCUGCCCCGACGGACGCCGUGUACCUUGGCGAGCAGAUCCGCGUUGUUGUGCGCGUCAACGGCGAGACGGUGGCCCAGGCCGCCAUUGACAACUUUGAGAUGGUGGUUGAGCUGCCGCCGCCCACCACGCCCGAGCCGCUCACCACCACGCCCGAGCCAACCACGACGGAGGAGCAGACGACGACGGCCGAGCCCACGACUGAGGCCGCGCCACUGCUCGUCUCCGGCUCCUUUGAGGAGGACAACGUCACCGCCGACAACUUUGUGCUCUCGGCCAUUGGCUGGGAUGUGUCUGGCCUGUGCGGCGUGUUCCAGCCAACCACCACCCACUACCCCGGCGCCAUCACGGGUGUCCUGCCCCCACCGGCCGAUGGCCAGCAGGUCCUCUUUGUCCGCGCCGGCGGCCGCGCCGUCCAGGUUGCAGCCGGCGUUGCCUACGAGCCAAACUUCAACUACUCGCUGCACUUUGCCGUUGGCUGGCGCCAGGACUCAAGCAUGAUUGUGGGCACGACGGUGCGCCUCGCGUACCCCGUGGACGCGACCUCGUAUGCCGUGGUUGCCGAGCGUCGCAUCACCGCAGAGGACCUGCAGCGCGGCGCGUUUGAGUGGUUCACCCUCAGCUUCAUGUCCACCGCUGGCGGCGACCACAUUGGCCGCGACGUGGUGGUGAUGGUUGUUGCCGACGCGUCUGGUCGCGGCCAGGUCAACUACGACAACUUCAUCCUGGAGGCUGUCGAGGGCGAGGCCACAACCACAACUACCACUACGACCACAACCACAACCACGACCACAACCACAACCACGACCACGACCACGACCACGACCACCACCACGACGACGACCACGACGACGUGUGCUUCGAGCUGCAACCCGUCCUUCACGGGCGCGUCUGUGGCGUCCAUGGCCGGCGUGUACGAGACGCUUGUGGCGGACGUCAACGCUGACGGCAUCAACGACAUUGUUGCCACGUCCGACUCUGCUGGUGCGCUUGCUCUGCUUGGCGGUGCAGACGCCACCACCUUCAGCGUCUUUGCCACCUUCCCCGGCGUUGCGGAUGCGCGCGCUGUUGUUCGCGGCGACGUGGACGCUGACGGGCGCCAGGACUUUGUUGUCGGCGGCGGCUCCACCAUCACGUACGUGCGCAACACGGGCGAAGGGUACACGCCGUACGUGGUGACCUCCUCCGCUGCUGGCGUGCACGAGGCGAUCCUGCUCAUGGACCUCAACGGCGACAGCCUGCUGGACAUUGUGGUGAGCGAGCGCAACGGCGACGCCGUGCGUGUGUUCACGGCGGCGCGCGGCACCACCGAUCCGCUCGUGUUUGCCCCAUCCACGCUGCUGAACCUGGAUGGCGCCUUUGGCCUCGCCGCCGGCGACGUGAACGGUGACAAUCUCGAAGACAUUGUUGUUGCGGGCCGCGACUCCAACUCCAUCGUGUACCUGCAGAACAACGGUGACGGGUCCUUCUCCUCCUUUGUCGUCGCCAACAGCGUCAACACGCCACGUGACGUUGAGCUUGCGGACAUUGACAACGAUGGCGAUCUCGACAUCAUUGUCGCCGUCUCCGGCGCGGGCUCCGUUGUUGCAUACGUCACCUCCGCCAGCGGCAGCGUGUUCACGCCCGUGACGCUGUCCAACACGGUGCCCGAUGCGUUUGACCUCACCGUCGGCAACGUGAACGGUGACUGCAACGUGGACAUUGUCGUUGCCCAGCGCGACGCCGGUGUUGUGACCAUGCUCAUGAACGAUGGUGGUCUGUCCUUCACUGCCGUGCAGCUCACCGCCAACGCCGCGGGCGUGACGGAUGUGACGCUCGCUGAUGUGGACAAGGAUGGCUCCAACGACAUUGUCGUCAGCGCAAACGGCGCUGGGGAGGUGCGCGUGUUCUUCAGCAGCUGUGGUACUGGCACUCUGCCACCCACCACCACGGGCGGCUCGACCACCACCACUACCACCACCACCACAACGACUACCACCACCACCACGACCACCACGACUACCACGACUACCACUUCCACAACCACAACCACAACGACUACCACGACCACCACCACAACCACAACGACCACGACGACGACGACCACGACCACCACCUCAGUCUCGACGACGUUUGUGUGCCCUGCCAUUGGGCUGCAGUGCGAGGCGGUUGGUCUUGGCACGGUUGACGGCGAGUGCGACCCCAAGUGGACUGCCCAACGCAUCAGCUCCUCGCUUGGUGAUGGCGCAUACAAGGUGGUCACGGCCGACUUCAACAACGACGGCUUUGCCGAUGCCGCCACUGCCUCUGUUACAGAUAACGCGGUUGUUGUCUACCUCAACAACAACGGCGCUCAGUCCUUCACCGAGACGGCGCUCACGUCGUCGUUCACUGCCCCUCGCGGCCUUGCUGCCGGCGAUGUGACGGGCGACGAUGUGCCUGAUCUUGUUGCCGCCUUCACGGGCAGCGGCGCGCUUGUCCUCUUCACCAACGAUGGCUCUGGCGCAUUCACAGCCUCCACCAUCGCAGAUGACGUGGCUGAUGUGAACAACGUGGCGCUUGGUGACUUCAACAACGACGAGAACAACGACAUCAUCAUCACCCGCCGCAACGAGGCCAUCGUGGAGGUGUUUGUGUCUGACGGCGCCAACCCACCAGCCUUCACGCGCGUGGUUGUGGACACCAACGCCAACGGCGCCUUUGAUGUUGCUGUCGCCGACUUUGACCGCGACGGCGACCUGGAUGCCGUUGUGACGGCUCGCGAUGACGACCAGGUGGUGGUGUACGCCAACACCAUUGUCGAUACCCUUCCCACGUUUGUCAAGACCAUUGCCGGCACCGCCAGCCAACCGCGCGGCGUCACCGUCGGGGACUUUGAUGGUGAUGGUGACAUGGACAUUGCCACGGCCAACACCGGCGACGCUUCUCUCGGAGUCAUCUACAACGACGGCAGUCUGACGUUUGCGUCCUUCAGCUUCUCCACGGGCAUCCUUGCCGACGUGUACGAGGUGUAUGCCACGGACAUUGACCUUGACUGCGACGCGGACAUUGUUGUGUCUGUCACCGGCGCCAACGCCGUUGUUCUCUAUGACAACUUUGACCCGGCGACACGCGGCGCGUUCCAGUUCAACGCCGUCUCCAGCGGCGCUCCCGACGUCCGCGGAAUUGCUGUCGCUGACGUUGACAACGAUGGCGACUUUGACAUUCUCGCUGGUGCGUCUGGCAGCACAGACUUUGUCUACUACAAGAGCGACUGCUGCAUGCUCGCUUAAGCCCACAAUCCUUUUUUCUCUGUCCCCGUACACAGCGUUGUUUUCUACACUUGUCUAACGAGUGUGUGUGCACACAUGUUUGAGUAUGCGAGUAUGUGUUUGUUUGUUGUGUGAUUGGGGUUUGCUUUCUGUUUGUUUGUGCAUGAGCGCGUACGUAUGUGUGUGUGUGUAUGGCCACAUGUCUUUGUGCUUUCAAGCGUGGUUGUUGUUUUGUUUGCUCGCUUGCUUGCUUGGUCUCGUGGUAGGGGCGGGUUUGUUCCCUUUCCACCUUGUGCCGUGCGUCGUGCCGUUGUGCAUCGUGCAUUGUGCAUUGCGUACCACGAACCCUGCAUGUCACCCCUCUCCCACACACAUCCUUGGAAGAUGUUCUUCUUUGUGUUUGCUUCUUCGAUACCCUCUUGUUGUCCUUGUUGUUGGUGGUGGUGGUGUUGCUUGUUACUGUCGAGUGUUUCCCCCCGUGUCCAGCCAUCAUCAUGUAUGUGAACAGCCAACCCAACCAGCCGACCAAGAGCCCUGCAUGUGGGGGGAAGUGUGUGUGUGUGUGUGCUGCUUGGUGGAUGUGCAACAGCGGCCACCACGGGCUGUCACGUCGCUUCUUGCUUGCUUGCACUGCUGCCGAUGCUGUUCUCGCUGCACAUGCUUUUACGACAAAGUGUUGCUUGUUGUGCGCGGUCAGCAGAAGGAGUUGGGAAGGAGAGGUGUUUGGCGCUGUGUUUGUGCAUGUCUUGUGCGUGUGUGCGUGUUGUUGUUGUUGUUGUUGUGUGUUCCCAUCGAAUGAACGAUCAUGGAGCAAAA